UUUUAGGACAACAUAUUAAAAACAAAAAAAUAUUGUUCAAAUUUCUUUUUCCAUUUUCUUCUAAAUUAUUUGACUUAUUAAGAUAUUUUUGUCAUUAUAAUAUUGUGCGUGUUAAGUGUGAAUUAAUGUGAAAGUAAAUGAAUUUAAUUGAAGGAACAUUGCUUUUUAAGAACAAAAGAAUAGAGCAAAUAUAGCUUGAAAAUUGUGUGAUCAUUAUUCGAUCAAAUUUGAAGAUUUGAUAAUAAAUAUUGAUCGAGCGUAAUAGAAACAUUUAACGAUGAUAACAUUCAACUUUUUUGUUCUUGGAUGUAUAAAAACAUCCAAGAGGCAUGAAAUGAUGUAAAUGCUGUGAUUUAUUUUAAAAUUAAUCGUAGUUUAUAGUGGAACAACAGCGGUGGAAAAACGCUGAAUAUCGUCGCGACGUUAGGAAAGACGAGUUGUGAUAAAAAAAAAAAAUUCUUUAAGAAAUUUUAACGAUACGUGUACGUAAUUGUUUGUCUAGAGCAAUUGAUCAUUUGUUGUUUUAACUUUUGGAUUAUUAUUGUAAGAGCACUUGAACGAGGUCCAAUCUUUUCAAAUUUUUCACUAGUAAGGAAUAAUAAUAAUAUAAUAACGAAUAGUCAAAAUCUUUUCGCUGUGCGGUGUAUACUUCCACAAAUUAAUUUCAUGUUUUAAAAAUUUUUUGAAACUUUAUUCGAUAUAAAAUUAAUUGAUACAGAUAUAUCAAUAUAUUUAUAUUUAUUAAAAUAUGAAGAAAUGCUAAUGAUCAAAGGAAAAAAAAAAUCCUCUCAUUGUACAAUACAUGUAUAAUACAUCUUUAUAAAUUAAUUUUUUAUAUUUUAACAGUGAUAAAAGAUGGACCUAAUAUAUAUUCAAAGAAUCAAACAGACUAUCUCGUAAAUGGAUCAAAAGUUAAGACAACCAAGGAAUUAUAUCACGCCAAUCUCGUCAUCUCCAUAACGUGAAUCCUAUUGAAACGAAAAUAUUAGAGAUGCGUUAAUUACUUGAAAAUUUUAAUAAUUUUGUUAUUUUGAUCUGUCUUGUUGGCGAUGCAGACUGUAAUAUAGAAUUACGACUUACGUCUUACGAUUAAGGACGAAUAAACUAUAAUCCGAGUUUCAUUAUUGGCAACGAUAUUAAGCGUAGAGGUAGUGAUGUUCAAACCACUGAAAGAAAUGUGAAAAGAUAAAAAAAAAAAAAAGUAAUGAAAAAUAAUGCGAGAGAGAGAGAGAAUGAGAGAGAGAGAGAGAGAGAGAGAACAAAUGUCAAAAUAAUUGUGACUAAGAAAAGUUAACCCAUAUUAUAAACUCGUAAAUGACUUUCUGUCUAAAUAUUAGCAAACCUAUUCAUUCUAACCGCUAGAGGAAUGUGUUAAGCGAUCGAAAUGUAUAGAAAUGAGAAACGAUUAUGAACCAUUGUACAUUUCUUAAAUCCUACAAGUGCCAAGUUGGUGAGAAAAGUCCUUACAAAGGCUCGUGUUAUUAAGUAUCAAAUUCCAACUCGAAAGAAAGAAAGAAAGAAAGAAAAAAGUAUAUUUCGCGAUGAUUUUUAACUCUAUCAGUUUUUGAAAAAUUGUGAAAGAGCAGGUCUGAUUAAGCUCUGAUUUAAGUCUAUUUUACUAUCGGAUGAACGAAUAGUCGACACGCAUAAUUUUAAAUUGGAUCAAAUUCGAAAUUCAAAAACGAAUAUGUCUAUUUCUUCAAAAGUAAAAUAAUGAUAAUAAUAAUAAUAAUAAAAAAAGAUAAAACUGAUAGAGUUAACGCAGCAAGAUGGAACUUAAUGAUGACGAACGUUCUUUUAUUAGUACAGUUAUUAUGUAUAAUGUGAACUACAAUAAUACCGGUAUUAUUGAGCUUAAAUUCACUUUUAAUUCGAACACCAGCUUAAGGAGCGAAGUCCUAUAAUGAAUUUGAACGGAGAAACAACAAAAUGUUUAAAACGAAGAAACGUAAGCAGUGUAAUUGAAAAAUAAACUAAUGCGACAGUAAAAAAAAAAAAUUAAAAAAAAAAAAAAAAGACAAAACAAAAAAUGAUAAAAAUAUUGUAACGUUGUUAUCUUAUUUUCUUCAGUUACUUCCGAAGACUUACCUCUCCACUCCUGUCAUCUUUCCUUUCUCAUCGAGAUCCUGCGGGAUUAUGGGAACUUCGGCUGCCAUUCACAGAAUCACGGAGAGUGGUGAGAUUUUGUCGCGAAUCACGCCGGAGGAAUGUUGCUGGUUCGCCACUCAAUCCAGAUGCGGAGUAUCUAGAAUUUCGGACAAUGUCGUGGAAAACGACGUUGAAAAUUCAUCAGGUCAAUUUAAAAUCAUCCCUUUCACAGAGACACCCUAUGUAAAAUAUUACGAAUUUAAUAAUUGUACGGCUUAUUUGGAUUGCUCUCAUCACGCAAGAGAUAAAGAAUGGUACUGUCAAACUAACACGAUGAACACUCAUCCGUCGAAAGUGCAUCGUCAACGAGAAAAUUACGAAUCUUUCAUGAGCGAAAGAGGUGAUGGAAGCUACAUAAUAAUCGGCACACCAAGUAACGGGAAUCGAAGUAACAAUGGUAGAGCUGGGGAUGAUGAUUUUGACAAUGAUACACGUAAACAAACAGCUGUCAAAAUGGAGAACAAUGAUUCUCCGAAGCAUACGAGUUUCCCUUCUGGAAAGAAAGAUGGAAACAUUUGAUAAUGCAACAUUUCAAUGGUCUUAUAAUGUUUUAUAAAAAAAAAAAAAUGCUAAUUUUUUGUCUAGUAAUUAUAAGAUUUUCUGAAAAGUACUACUAUGUACAAUUUAUAGAUAUUACAGCCAGUGAAGAAAUCACUAAAACAAUUGCGUUUAGUUCU